UCUAGUAACACAACCUCUUCAUUUGACUCAUCCUCCACGAAUCCGUCGAAACAAACACCUUCGCACCAAACAUCGCCACGUAAUUAUCUUUAACGUGCCACGUAAUCAAGAAGUGUUAGCAGAAAACUAAGAGAAUCGAGAGCGACCGUGAGUGAGAGAGAGCCAAAGAUGGAGGCAACGAAAGAGAGAAUGGAGAAGGAACAGAACAAGAAGAGAGAAGAAUCUUCCGUCGUCACCAAUGAAGCGGGAAAGGCCGAAGACGUGGUGAGAGCGAUCAUUCGCGAUUCUAUAGUGGAAGGCGGAGGUGACGGCGAGGGAGACGGCGGCGAUAGCGCUCGCAAGCCGGAGGACAUUCUUGCUUUCUCAAGAACCGUACGGAAGAUCGAUUCCUCGCUUGAGUAGUUUUAAUAUGUAUUCUGUUUUUAACUUUGUUUUCUUCAAAACUCAAAAUGUUAUAUCUUUUUUUUUUUAAUAUGUCAAUCGACUUGCGGAACAAAUAAACCGUAAAUAUCUUUCAAUCUACUACAUUUGAUUUUACCACAAACAUAAACAUUGUCAGAAAACCCCGGGAAGAAGAAGAGCAAGCAAAAAGGCUUUUUUUGUGGCAAGCCCAUUGGGCUUUAUUUAAGCCCAUUUAAUCUGCUCAUCUCUUCUUCAAGAAAACUCUAGA